AUGUCUGACGAGUCUCCGAUCCAACGGCUAUCUGACGAUUUGCUCGCCAAGAUCCUGCACCUAGCUGGUAGACCCGACCAAUUCCUGCAUUCUCUGGUGUGCACGAAAUGGCGUGACAUAGCCUAUCUCGUUCAGGACGCCAUUCACGUGUCUAGUGGCACUUUCUUGAAUCAUCGCCAUCUGCUUGACCAGCUCGCGGCAUUCCCUAGACUGAAGAAACUCGUUGUUUCCGAAGAUUGUUUGUCCUUCGUCCCGGACGUUGUCCUCGCUGGUCUGGCCCACUCGCAUCCCGAUUUAGUUCAGCUUCACAUUAAAGCCGUCGAGGAUUUCACGACGGAAGGACUUUCGAACCUCCUUGAGGGUUGCACCAAGCUAGAGGAUCUGCGCCUCGCUUGUCCUCCACGUAUCCUUAGCAUUCCACCUUCCAUCAGCCUCCAAUCUCGACUCAGGAGCCUCGUUCUUACUAUCGAAGGAGUUGCGCAUCUUCCUGACGCUAUCACGUCUUUGCAGCUUCUUGAGGACCUCAAACUCAGCAUGGCCAAUCUACAAGAUUUGCCACAAGACUUUGGCAAUCUUGUGUUGCUGAAGACAUUGAGUCUUGGCGUUCGCUCUCUCCGCUCUCUCCCCACGUCCAUUCAGCAGCUUGUCGAUCUGCAGCAACUGUCUAUCAGCCAUUGCAGGACAUUUCGGCUACCAGAUGGUCUCUCCAAGCUUAAGCGACUGAAGAUGCUUGAGCUGAUCGAUUUUGCGGAGCUCUUGCCACUGCCUGAGGAUUUCGGAAAGCUGUUGGCAUUGGAGUGCCUAGUCGUGAGGCGUGUGAGAGGGAUUAGGGCGCUUCCAGAGACAGUUGGACUUCUCCCACAGCUGCAACUGCUUACCAUUGAGAGCCGUGAAAGUUCCUCAUGGCUGCCCAGAUCCUUGCCCAAUCUUACAUCCCUCACGGAGCUCAACUUGCACGUGCCAUGUGUGUCAGAACUGCCGGAUGACAUUGGUCGGCUGUCAAAACUCAAAAGUAUGAAGCUAGUCAGCUCUAUAGCCAAUCGUCUUCGAGGAAUUUCGUCCCUGCCCGAGGACUUUGGGCGGCUGACUGCUUUGGAAAUUUUGCGUCUCUCAGAACUUAAACACCUCAGCCACCUGCCCGAAUCUUUCGGGCAUUUGAUCAAACUGCAAGAUCUGAGACUUCAGAAUUGUGAGCAACUGCGGCAGCUACCCAGCUCGUUUACCCUGCUAUCUUCCCUUCGGAAAUUGGAGAUCAACAACUGCUCAAGCUUAGCUGUUCUACUAGAGGGCAUGGGGGAUGGCCUAUGCCACCUUCGUGAGCUGUUUGUAUGUCGGAUACCUAUCACCCACCUCCCUGCGUCGCUCUUCUGCUUUUCAUUGCUCGAAAUAAUAAUACUGAGUGAUCUCCAGUGUUUGAGAGGCUGCCUUCCUGAGGGCUUCAGCAACUUUUCACACCUUAAGGCUCUCUCCUUAAGCUGCAUCUUAGAUCUGACUUCCCUCCCUGCCUCCCUUUCUCAAUUAGCUCUCACCCUCAUCAGCCUGACAGUGGAAUCCUGCAGUGAGCUGAAAGCCUUGCCAGAGGAGAUUGGGCACCUGAAAAUGCUGGAGAAGCUCAACCUGAUUGAUUUGAACGGUUUGGAAUCAGUUCCUCAAUCGCUGAUGAAGCUGCCUCGACUGCGGGAGCUGGAUGUGAGCCACUGCAAGUCCUUGGGCGGAAGGAGUGUUAUGGACACCUUGAUCCACAUCGCCCUGCUCGCCGCACUGCCCGCCCUGCUGCUGCUCUCUGGGCUCUUCUCCCUCUCCCAUGGCUUCUCCGUCUCAAAGCAACUCGUGGUGGACGCAACGAGAGCAACAACUGCAGCAGCAGCUCCAACGGAGAAAAAAUGGGCAGCAUCAGGGGGGCCCGUGCAGGUUCCCCAUCAGGUUCGCCAUCAGGUUCCCCAUCAGGUUCCCCAUCAGGUUCGCCAUCAGGUUCGCCAUCAGGUUCGCCAUCAGGUUCGCCAUCAGGUUCGCCAUCAGGUUCGCCAUCAGGUUCGCCAUCAGGUUCGCCAUCAGGUUCCCCAUCAGGUUCCCCAUCAGGUUCCCCAUCAGGUUCCCCAUCAGGUUCCCCAUCAGGUUCCCCAUCAGGUUCCCCAUCAGGUUCGCCAUCAGGUUCCCCAUCAGGUUCCCCAUCAGGUUCGGCCCCCCCCAUCAGGUUCGCCAUCAGGUUCGCCAUCAGGUUCGCCAUCAGGUUCCCCAUCAGGUUCGCCAUCAGGUUCCCCAUCAGGUUCGCCAUCAGGUUCGCCAUCAGGUUCGCCAUCAGGUUCCCCAUCAGGUUCCCCAUCAGGUUCCCCAUCAGGUUCGCCAUCAGGUUCGCCAUCAGGUUCGCCAUCAGGUUCCCCAUCAGGUUCCCCAUCAGGUUCCCCAUCAGGUUCCCCAUCAGGUUCGCCAUCAGGUUCGCCAUCAGGUUCGCCAUCAGGUUCGUCCCCCCCCAUCAGGUUCGCCAUCAGGUUCGCCAUCAGGUUCGCCAUCAGGUUCCCCAUCAGGUUCGCCAUCAGGUUCCCCAUCAGGUUCGCCAUCAGGUUCGCCAUCAGGUUCGCCAUCAGGUUCCCCAUCAGGUUCCCCAUCAGGUUCGCCAUCAGGUUCCCCAUCAGGUUCGCCAUCAGGUUCGCCAUCAGGUUCGCCAUCAGGUUCGCCAUCAGGUUCGCCAUCAGGUUCGCCAUCAGGUUCGCCAUCAGGUUCGCCAUCAGGUUCGCCAUCAGGUUCGCCAUCAGGUUCGCCAUCAGGUUCGCCAUCAGGUUCGCCAUCAGGUUCGCCAUCAGGUUCGCCAUCAGGUUCGCCAUCAGGUUCGCCAUCAGGUUCCCCAUCAGGUUCCCCAUCAGGUUCGCCAUCAGGUUCGCCAUCAGGUUCGCCAUCAGGUUCGCCAUCAGGUUCGCCAUCAGGUUCGCCAUCAGGUUCGCCAUCAGGUUCGCCAUCAGGUUCGCCAUCAGGUUCCCCAUCAGGUUCCCCAUCAGGUUCGCCAUCAGGUUCGCCAUCAGGUUCGCCAUCAGGUUCGCCAUCAGGUUCCCCAUCAGGUUCCCCAUCAGGUUCCCCAUCAGGUUCGCCAUCAGGUUCGCCAUCAGGUUCGCCAUCAGGUUCGCCAUCAGGUUCGCCAUCAGGUUCGCCAUCAGGUUCGCCAUCAGGUUCGCCAUCAGGUUCGCCAUCAGGUUCGCCAUCAGGUUCGCCAUCAGGUUCGCCAUCAGGUUCGCCAUCAGGUUCGCCAUCAGGUUCCCCAUCAGGUUCCCCAUCAGGUUCCCCAUCAGGUUCCCCAUCAGGUUCCCCAUCAGGUUCCCCAUCAGGUUCGCCAUCAGGUUCGCCAUCAGGUUCGCCAUCAGGUUCGCCAUCAGGUUCUCCAUCGGGUUCUCCAUCGGGUUCUCCAUCAGGUUCGCCAUCAGGUUCCCCAUCAGGUUCGCCAUCAGGUUCGCCAUCAGGUUCGCCAUCAGGUUCGCCAUCAGGUUCGCCAUCAGGUUCCCCAUCAGGUUCGCCAUCAGGUUCGCCAUCAGGUUCCCCAUCAGGUUCCCCAUCAGGUUCCCCAUCAGGUUCGCCAUCAGGUUCGCCAUCAGGUUCGCCAUCAGGUUCCCCAUCAGGUUCCCCAUCAGGUUCCCCAUCAGGUUCCUGAAGAGGUCCCCCCCCCAUCAGGUUCGCCAUCAGGUUCGCCAUCAGGUUCCCCAUCAGGUUCCCCAUCAGGUUCCCCAUCAGGUUCCCCAUCAGGUUCCCCAUCAGGUUCGCCAUCAGGUUCGCCAUCAGGUUCGCCAUCAGGUUCGCCAUCAGGUUCCCCAUCAGGUUCCCCAUCAGGUUCCCCAUCAGGUUCCCCAUCAGGUUCCCCAUCAGGUUCCCCAUCAGGUUUCCCAUAAGGUUCGCCAUCAGGUUCGCCAUCAGGUUCGCCAUCAGGUUCGCCAUCAGGUUCGCCAUCAGGUUCCCCAUCAGGUUCCCCAUCAGGUUCCCCAUCAGGUUCCCCAUCAGGUUCCCCAUCAGGUUCCCCAUCAGGUUCCCCAUCAGGUUCGCCAUCAGGUUCGCCAUCAGGUUCCCCAUCAGGUUCGCCAUCAGGUUCCCCAUCAGGUUCGCCAUCAGGUUCCCCAUCAGGUUCGCCAUCAGGUUCCCCAUCAGGUUCCCCAUCAGGUUCUCAAACAGGUUCGCCAUCAGGUUCCCCAUCAGGUUCGCCAUCAGGUUCCCCAUCAGGUUCCCCAUCAGGUUCGCCAUCAGGUUCGCCAUCAGGUUCGCCAUCAGGUUCGCCAUCAGGUUCGCCAUCAGGUUCGCCAUCAGGUUCCCCAUCAGGUUCGCCAUCAGGUUCCCCAUCAGGUUCCCCAUCAGGUUCGCCAUCAGGUUCGCCAUCAGGUUCGCCAUCAGGUUCGCCAUCAGGUUCCCCAUCAGGUUCCCCAUCAGGUUCCCCAUCAGGUUCCCCAUCAGGUUCCCCAUCAGGUUCCCCAUCAGGUCGCCCCCCCAUCAGGUUCGCCAUCAGGUUCGCCAUCAGGUUCCCCAUCAGGUUCCCCAUCAGGUUCCCCAUCAGGUUCCCCAUCAGGUUCCCCAUCAGGUUCGCCAUCAGGUUCGCCAUCAGGUUCGCCAUCAGGUUCCCCAUCAGGUUCGCCAUCAGGUUCCCCAUCAGGUUCCCCAUCAGGUUCCCCAUCAGGUUCCCCAUCAGGUUCCCCAUCAGGUUCCCCAUCAGGUUCGCCAUCAGGUUCGCCAUCAGGUUCGCCAUCAGGUUCCCCAUCAGGUUCGCCAUCAGGUUCGCCAUCAGGUUCGCCAUCAGGUUCGCCAUCAGGUUCGCCAUCAGGUUCCCCAUCAGGUUCCCCAUCAGGUUCCCCAUCAGGUUCCCCAUCAGGUCCCCCCCCCAUCAGGUUCGCCAUCAGGUUCGCCAUCAGGUUCCCCAUCAGGUUCCCCAUCAGGUUCCCCAUCAGGUUCCCCAUCAGGUUCCCCAUCAGGUUCCCCAUCAGGUUCCCCAUCAGGUUCCCCAUCAGGUUCCCCAUCAGGUUCGCCAUCAGGUUCGCCAUCAGGUUCGCCAUCAGGUUCGCCAUCAGGUUCCCCAUCAGGUUCCCCAUCAGGUUCCCCAUCAGGUUCCCCAUCAGGUUCCCCAUCAGGUUCCCCAUCAGGUUCCCCAUCAGGUUCCCCAUCAGGUUCCCCAUCAGGUUCCCCAUCAGGUUCCCCAUCAGGUUCGCCAUCAGGUUCGCCAUCAGGUUCGCCAUCAGGUUCGCCAUCAGGUUCGCCAUCAGGUUCCCCAUCAGGUUCCCCAUCAGGUUCCCCAUCAGGUUCCCCAUCAGGUUCCCCAUCAGGUUCCCCAUCAGGUUCGCCAUCAGGUUCGCCAUCAGGUUCCCCAUCAGGUUCGCCAUCAGGUUCCCCAUCAGGUUCCCCAUCAGGUUCCCCAUCAGGUUCCCCAUCAGGUUCCCCAUCAGGUUCGCCAUCAGGUUCGCCAUCAGGUUCGCCAUCAGGUUCGCCAUCAGGUUCCCCAUCAGGUUCCCCAUCAGGUUCCCCAUCAGGUUCCCCAUCAGGUUCCCCAUCAGGUUCCCCAUCAGGUUUCCCAUAAGGUUCGCCAUCAGGUUCGCCAUCAGGUUCGCCAUCAGGUUCGCCAUCAGGUUCGCCAUCAGGUUCCCCAUCAGGUUCCCCAUCAGGUUCCCCAUCAGGUUCCCCAUCAGGUUCCCCAUCAGGUUCCCCAUCAGGUUCCCCAUCAGGUUCGCCAUCAGGUUCGCCAUCAGGUUCCCCAUCAGGUUCGCCAUCAGGUUCCCCAUCAGGUUCGCCAUCAGGUUCCCCAUCAGGUUCGCCAUCAGGUUCCCCAUCAGGUUCCCCAUCAGGUUCUCAAACAGGUUCGCCAUCAGGUUCCCCAUCAGGUUCGCCAUCAGGUUCCCCAUCAGGUUCCCCAUCAGGUUCGCCAUCAGGUUCGCCAUCAGGUUCGCCAUCAGGUUCGCCAUCAGGUUCGCCAUCAGGUUCGCCAUCAGGUUCCCCAUCAGGUUCGCCAUCAGGUUCCCCAUCAGGUUCCCCAUCAGGUUCGCCAUCAGGUUCGCCAUCAGGUUCGCCAUCAGGUUCGCCAUCAGGUUCCCCAUCAGGUUCCCCAUCAGGUUCCCCAUCAGGUUCCCCAUCAGGUUCCCCAUCAGGUUCCCCAUCAGGUCGCCCCCCCAUCAGGUUCGCCAUCAGGUUCGCCAUCAGGUUCCCCAUCAGGUUCCCCAUCAGGUUCCCCAUCAGGUUCCCCAUCAGGUUCGCCAUCAGGUUCGCCAUCAGGUUCGCCAUCAGGUUCCCCAUCAGGUUCGCCAUCAGGUUCCCCAUCAGGUUCCCCAUCAGGUUCCCCAUCAGGUUCCCCAUCAGGUUCCCCAUCAGGUUCCCCAUCAGGUUCGCCAUCAGGUUCGCCAUCAGGUUCGCCAUCAGGUUCCCCAUCAGGUUCGCCAUCAGGUUCGCCAUCAGGUUCGCCAUCAGGUUCGCCAUCAGGUUCGCCAUCAGGUUCCCCAUCAGGUUCCCCAUCAGGUUCCCCAUCAGGUUCCCCAUCAGGUCCCCCCCCCAUCAGGUUCGCCAUCAGGUUCGCCAUCAGGUUCCCCAUCAGGUUCCCCAUCAGGUUCCCCAUCAGGUUCCCCAUCAGGUUCCCCAUCAGGUUCCCCAUCAGGUUCCCCAUCAGGUUCCCCAUCAGGUUCCCCAUCAGGUUCGCCAUCAGGUUCGCCAUCAGGUUCGCCAUCAGGUUCGCCAUCAGGUUCCCCAUCAGGUUCCCCAUCAGGUUCCCCAUCAGGUUCCCCAUCAGGUUCCCCAUCAGGUUCCCCAUCAGGUUCCCCAUCAGGUUCCCCAUCAGGUUCCCCAUCAGGUUCCCCAUCAGGUUCCCCAUCAGGUUCGCCAUCAGGUUCGCCAUCAGGUUCGCCAUCAGGUUCGCCAUCAGGUUCGCCAUCAGGUUCCCCAUCAGGUUCCCCAUCAGGUUCCCCAUCAGGUUCCCCAUCAGGUUCCCCAUCAGGUUCCCCAUCAGGUUCGCCAUCAGGUUCGCCAUCAGGUUCCCCAUCAGGUUCGCCAUCAGGUUCGCCAUCAGGUUCGCCAUCAGGUUCCCCAUCAGGUUCGCCAUCAGGUUCGCCAUCAGGUUCGCCAUCAGGUUCGCCAUCAGGUUCCCCAUCAGGUUCCCCAUCAGGUUCCCCAUCAGGUUCCCCGUUCGCCAUCAGGUUCGCCAUCAGGUUCGCCAUCAGGUUCGCCAUCAGGUUCGCCAUCAGGUUCCCCAUCAGGUUCCCCAUCAGGUUCGCCAUCAGGUUCGCCAUCAGGUUCGCCAUCAGGUUCGCCAUCAGGUUCGCCAUCAGGUUCCCCAUCAGGUUCCCCAUCAGGUUCGCCAUCAGGUUCGCCAUCAGGUUCGCCAUCAGGUUCGCCAUCAGGUUCCCCAUCAGGUUCCCCAUCAGGUUCGCCAUCAGGUUCCCCAUCAGGUUCCCCAUCAGGUUCGCCAUCAGGUUCCCCAUCAGGUUCCCCAUCAGGUUCCCCAUCAGGUUCGCCAUCAGGUUCCCCAUCAGGUUCCCCAUCAGGUUCGCCAUCAGGUUCGCCAUCAGGUUCCCCAUCAGGUUCCCCAUCAGGUUCCCCAUCAGGUUCGCCAUCAGGUUCGCCAUCAGGUUCGCCAUCAGGUUCGCCAUCAGGUUCGCCAUCAGGUUCGCCAUCAGGUUCGCCAUCAGGUUCCCCAUCAGGUUCGCCAUCAGGUUCCCCAUCAGGUUCGCCAUCAGGUUCGCCAUCAGGUUCCCCAUCAGGUUCCCCAUCAGGUUCCCCAUCAGGUUCCCCAUCAGGUUCCCCAUCAGGUUCCCCAUCAGGUUCCCCAUCAGGUUCCCCAUCAGGUUCCCCAUCAGGUUCGCCAUCAGGUUCGCCAUCAGGUUCCCCAUCAGGUUCGCCAUCAGGUUCGCCAUCAGGUUCCCCAUCAGGUUCCCCAUCAGGUUCCCCAUCAGGUUCCCCAUCAGGUUCGCCAUCAGGUUCGCCAUCAGGUUCGCCAUCAGGUUCGCCAUCAGGUUCGCCAUCAGGUUCGCCAUCAGGUUCCCCAUCAGGUUCCCCAUCAGGUUCCCCAUCAGGUUCCCCAUCAGGUUCCCCAUCAGGUUCGCCAUCAGGUUCCCCAUCAGGUUCGCCAUCAGGUUCGCCAUCAGGUUCGCCAUCAGGUUCGCCAUCAGGUUCGCCAACAGGGUCCCCAUCAGGUUCCCCAUCAGGUUCGCCAUCAGGUUCCCCAUCAGGUUCGCCAUCAGGUUCGCCAUCAGGUUCGCCAUCAGGUUCGCCAUCAGGUUCGCCAUCAGGUUCGCCAUCAGGUUCCCCAUCAGGUUCCCCAUCAGGUUCCCCAUCAGGUUCGCCAUCAGGUUCGCCAUCAGGUUCCCCAUCAGGUUCCCCAUCAGGUUCCCCAUCAGGUUCGCCAUCAGGUUCGCCAUCAGGUUCGCCAUCAGGUUCCCCAUCAGGUUCCCCAUCAGGUUCCCCAUCAGGUUCGCCAUCAGGUUCCCCAUAGAGUUCCCCAUCAGGUUCCCCAUCAGGUUCCCCAUCAGGUUCGCCAUCAGGUUCGCCAUCAGGUUCCCCAUCAGGUUCGCCAUCAGGUUCCCCAUCAGGUUCCCCAUCAGGUUCGCCAUCAGGUUCGCCAUCAGGUUCGCCAUCAGGUUCCCCAUCAGGUUCGCCAUCAGGUUCCCCAUCAGGUUCGCCAUCAGGUUCGCCAUCAGGUUCGCCAUCAGGUUCCCCAUCAGGUUCGCCAUCAGGUUCGCCAUCAGGUUCGCCAUCAGGUUCCCCAUCAGGUUCCCCAUCAGGUUCCCCAUCAGGUUCCCCAUCAGGUUCCCCAUAGAGUUCCCCAUCAGGUUCCCCAUCAGGUUCCCCAUCAGGUUCCCCAUCAGGUUCCCCAUAGAGUUCCCCAUCAGGUUCCCCAUCAGGUUCCCCAUCAGGUUCGCCAUCAGGUUCCCCAUCAGGUUCGCCAUCAGGUUCGCCAUCAGGUUCCCCAUCAGGUUCGCCAUCAGGUUCCCCAUCAGGUUCCCCAUCAGGUUCGCCAUCAGGUUCGCCAUCAGGUUCGCCAUCAGGUUCCCCAUCAGGUUCGCCAUCAGGUUCCCCAUCAGGUUCGCCAUCAGGUUCGCCAUCAGGUUCGCCAUCAGGUUCCCCAUCAGGUUCGCCAUCAGGUUCGCCAUCAGGUUCGCCAUCAGGUUCCCCAUCAGGUUCCCCAUCAGGUUCCCCAUCAGGUUCCCCAUCAGGUUCGCCAUCAGGUUCGCCAUCAGGUUCCCCAUCAGGUUCCCCAUCAGGUUCCCCAUCAGGUUCCCCAUCAGGUUCCCCAUCAGGUCUGCUCGCUUCUGCUCGCUUUUCCACUCAUCCACUCGCUUGUCCUCUUCUUGCUCAGGCCUCGCUUCCUCUUCCUGCCUUCCUUCCUUGCCUCACCUCCAGCACUCGAUGGGCUCGUGUUGUCUAUCCACGGCGGUGGGCGCAAAUCUCAACUUCCCCUUCUCACUGCAGCGCCACGGCCCCAACUACACGGAGAGCAACUACACGGAGAGCAACUACACGGAGAGCAACUACACGGAGAGCAACUACACGGAGAGCAACUACACGGAGAGCAACUACACAGAGAGCAACUACGCAUUUGCGGCCGAGAGGAGCAUUGCUGCCACACGCUACGUGUCUCGCCGCAAUCGUCUGCUGAUCGGCAUGGUGCUGCAGCAGGAGUGGGUGGGCACGCAGCAGUGCAGUGGACCGGGCCUGCAUCACCUGGCGGGGUGGUGCAGCAACGGCACGUCCACAGAGCCGUUUGGAGUGAACCCGCACUUCCUGCCCACAUCGGCCAUCUACGACAGCGCUGCCAGCGCCAACAUCACCCAACUUGACAACAGCACCUUUGGCUUUAAACUGCAGUUCAAUCCUCAAGGCCUCCCCUACGGCUUCAUCUACCCCGUGGUGAGUCAUGGCAUGGCCACUUCAUCUGCUCUGCCCCAUGGUGAGUCAUGGCAUGGCCACUUCAUCUGCCCCAUGGAGUCGCUGAUCACGUACCCUUUGGUGUUUGACAUUGAUCUCGAUAACGAGGCGGCCACAAGGCGUCUACAGUACCUGGUGGGUGGCAGCUACAUUGACAAUGGCACGCGCAGUGUAGACGUCAGCUUCAUAACCUUCAACGGCGAGACGCUCACGUUGGUGCUGACCACUGUGACCUGCACGGUGAACGCGGGAGGCAGCAUGGCAGUGAGCUUCAAGUCACAGCCGGCAGCCAUGGCGAUGUACGAUGCAUCAUCGGACAACAUCGCACGGCUGGUGCUGGAGAUGGUGUAUGUGGUGGGGCUGCUCUGGAAUGUGUGUGGCGAGCUGCAGGAGAUGGCUGACCGCGCUGCCACGGAUGGAUCUGUGCUCAGCUACUUUGAGCAAGCAUGGAACUGGGUCCACAUGUUUUCCCUCGCGCUGCAAGCGAUCGCCGUUGUCCUCUGGGUGGUUCUAUGGCGGUACGUGAGCGCAUUUGACAUAGAGCCACGGUACGACAUCUAUUACACGCUGCUCGAGAUGCCGCGCUAUUGGGCCUUGCCCAACCCGCCUACGGGAUUCAUCAGCGCCGGUCAGGCCUUCACUGAUCUGCGCAACAUCAUCAACCUCCGCGCCGUCUACUUCGCCCUCCAGGGCAUCAAUGUCUUCUUCAUGAUGAUUCGUCUACUCAAAUUCAUGGACUUCCAGCCUUACCUGGGCGUCAUCACGCGCUCCCUCAGCCUCGCCACACCAUCGCUGCUGCACUUCUUCCUGCUCUCCUUUACCGUCUUCUGCUUCAGCAUGUACGCCUACCUCGUCUUCGGAGGCGCUAUCGAGAUGUUCUCUACGGUCCUGGAGUCCAUGUUCUCGUUGUUCCUGCUGCUCAUCAACGACAACGGCUCCGCCUACUUCUUGCAGCGCCUGGAGUCGUGGGACCUCAUCGCUGCGAUGCUUUUCUUCUUCAUGUUCAUUGUCUUCAUGGUCUUCAUCCUCCUCAACUUCCUCAUCGCCAUCAUUGUCGAUGCCUUCAUGAGCGUCAAGGACAGCAACGUGGUUGCUACUUCUAUAGCUACUGACCUGGCACACAUCAUCAAGUACAAGUGGAACUGCUGGCGCGGUCGCUACCUGCCGUACCGUCUCAUUCUCGACCGCCUUGUGGAUCUGGGGGCCAAGGAUACCCGCAUUAAAGAGGAGAACCCUCGGAUUCGCCGCUUCAAGUCCAUCCAACGGGGGGUAGGCUCCAUGCUUUCCGGCACGCGAGGCAGCGCCGACAAACCAGCGCACUUGGCCCGGUCAGAGAACCAACCCGCCUUCCCCUCCGCCGUCAGCGACUCUUGGGUGCGGCGGCAGCACGUGCUGACAGUGAGGGAGAAGCGCAUCGACGCCAUCUCGCUCGCCAUGAUCCUGCAGCGCCGCCACGACAGGGCGGUGGCAAAGAAGGCCCGCAAAUCAGCCGCUGCCAUGUCAGCCAGGGCGGCUUUUUUCUCCCCGUCCUCAUGUGGGAGUGGCGCCAUGUGGGGGCCUGCCCCCUGGACCGCGGACGAGGAGCAGCUGGAGCAGCUGUCGCAGGCGGUGGUGCUGCAGUGCGGCGAGGUGGUGAAGCAGGCCGCCCUGCCCGUCAAGAAGCCGCCCGUGCAGAAGCUCAGCCUCGCCCACGUGCAGGAGGAGGUGGUGCGCGGCCACGAGACAGCGGAGGAGAUGAGGGGCAUGAUAGCAGACCUGCAGAGCGACAUGCGCGCCAUGAUGGCUCUACUCCACCGCGCCCUCCCCUCUCUGCGCGCCCAGCCUCCAAUUCCAAUUCCACCCUCGGGGUCAUCCCUGCCGGGGCCGCGGCCACUGGAGCCAUUUCCAGCCGCUCCUGGAUCUCGUCUCUCACUAGUAGCGGCAAUGGCGGAGGCUGCCGCGGUGCUGCGCGCGAAGAAGAAGGCGGAGGAGGGGGAGGUUGGCGAGGCAUCGCUGUCGCGAUCGAAGAGUUUGCUGGACGAUAAUUUCGAGGCGUACGAGGCGGCUAACUACCGCAUGUGGAUGCGGUCCAAGUCCAACAUUCCAUCCCGUCGUAAGCCUUCGGGGCCUCGUAGCGUCAAGACGCACAACCUAGAUUUCCUCGAUAGCGACGGCAGGGUCACGCCGCAGAAUCAGGAGCUCUUGGCGCGUCUCGCGUCAAGCUCGUCGCUCAAUCCCACGAGCGCCGACUGCGCGAAUGGAACGGAUGGCGCGGAGGGCGGGGAGGGCGGAGAGGGGAAGGCGACCGCGGCGGGGGGACCGCUGAAGCGCAGCUUGACGGAGGAUGCGACGGGGGAGACCAUGACGCGGAGCAGCAUGGGCGUGGGCUCGUUGAAGGGCCUGGCGGAGGGGGCGAGCUUGGCGCGGUCGGCGAGGGGCGUUCUGCAGGACGCGGAGAUGGACGAGAUGGACGGAGAGGUGCUGCAAGGUGCGGCCUGGUUCAGAGCGGUGCUUCACUGCUGGGCUGGGGAUGCGGGAUUGACACGCGCCCCCGCGUCCACGCCUCUUUCUCGCAAUUCUCUGCCGCACCGUUAUCUCGCCGCUGCUCUCGCCGCCUGGCGUUGCGCUUUUCUCACCGCUGCUCUCAAGGCGUUCGCGCGAGUGAUGAAGCUGCAGCAGCGCGUGCAGCACUACCGCGACCUGGGCGGGUUCGUGGUGCUCAUGGCGCUCUUCAUCACCAUCCUCUACCUCCAGGCCGACUCCUCCCGAAGCUAUGAGAUCACCGCCGCGCACGCAGUGCUCUUCCCCCCGGGCAUGCGUCAAGACGGGUCCAACACCUUCAACGGUCCGGAUGAUUUCUACAAUUGGCUCAACACCAGCAUCGUGCAGGUGCGCUGCGCUCUCCCUCUCCCCUCCCUUUCAUCUCUCCGUUAUCGCUCCUCAUGUACUUGUUGCGGUCGUGUCCCCCCUUUUUCCGUCCACCCAAGCUUGCCCUCUGCCCACGCACGCGGCAUCACAGCGCUCUCCUGCCCGCAUCAACGCCCGCACGCUCGUCAGCCGGUCCUCUCCUCACUGCCGCUCCCCUCCCCCGUGCCAUCCCUGCAGAGCCUAUGGAAUGACCCCACAUGUGGCACCGGCGAGUGCGAACGCCCCUUCCAGUUCCCCGCGUUUGGCCGCUUUGGCUGCCAGGCGGACUGCGGCACGUUCCCCAAUCUCACCUCCGUGGUCAUCAGAUUCUCCUCCCACCUCGACACGCAGCAGGCUGCUGACGAAUCUUCCUGGAACCUCUGCAUGGUCGACCCGGUCUCCCUCUGCUGGUACGAGACAUUCCAGCCAUUCCCGGUGGGAGAUGUGGAGGUAUCGGUGGCGUUGGACAUUCCGGACGGCGACUGGGUGGUGGUGCUCAACGCGCCCGCGGGGGGCAUCCGCGGCACCGUGCACGCGCCCCCUCCCGGCACACAGCGCCUCUCCGUCGUCGGCGCCGCCUCCACCGUCCAGCUUGUUGCGUGGGGGUCCUGUGCGCAUGAUGAUGACGUGGAUGCAGCCAAUCAGACGCAGCCAGGUGGCGGCGCCGUUGGUUCUCCGCCUGACAUCUGUCGUGAUACGUGUUUGAGGCUGGUGGCCUGCCUGCCAGCAACCUGUGGGCGAGCAUUCACAGAGAGGGAGGUGGCAGGAGCGUUCGUGGACUGUGCGCGCAUGUGCAUCGUUGCACCCGCCUCCAUCACCCGCUAUGUCGACUCCCCCUGCCCCAUGCCAGGGAUCGCAGCAUGCACUGCUCCCCCUCCUGCGCCUUUUUCCACUCUGCCACACACCGGCCUCCUCACAUGUGCUCCAUUCCUCACAUGUGCUCCAUUCCUCACAUGUGCUCCAUUCCUCACAUGUGCUCCAUUCCUCACAUGUGCUCCACUCCUCACAUGUGCUCCAUUCCUCACAUGUGCUCCACUCCUCACAUGUGCUCCACUCCUCACAUGUGCUCCACUCCUCACAUGUGCUCCAUUCCUCACAUGUGCUCCAUUCCUCACAUGUGCUCCAUUCCUCACAUGUGCUCCAUUCCUCACAUGUGCUCCACUCCUCACAUGUGCUCCAUUCCUCACAUGUGCUCCACUCCUCACAUGUGCUCCACUCCUCACAUGUGCUCCACUCCUCACAUGUGCUCCACUCCUCACAUGUGCUCCACUCCUCACAUGUGCUCCACUCCUCACAUGUGCUCCACUCCUCACAUGUGCUCCAUUCCUCACAUGUGCUCCAUUCCUCACAUAUGCUCCAUUCCUCACAUGUGCUCCAUUCCUCACAUGUGCUCCACUCCUCACAUGUGCUCCAUUCCUCACAUGUGCUCCAUUCCUCACAUGUGCUCCACUCCUCACAUGUGCUCCACUCCUCACAUGUGCUCCACUCCUCACAUGUGCUCCACUCCUCACAUGUGCUCCACUCCUCACAUGUGCUCCACUCCUCACAUGUGCUCCAUUCCUCACAUGUGCUCCAUUCCUCACAUGUGCUCCAUUCCUCACAUGUGCUCCAUUCCUCACAUGUGCUCCAUUCCUCACAUGUGCUCCACUCCUCACAUGUGCUCCAUUCCUCACAUGUGCUCCAUUCCUCUCCCUGCUCUUCUUAUCCCACGCUGCGACUCCCCUCGAUGCAUCCCCCCCCCUGUCUCCGUCCCAUCCCAGGCUCAGGAGCAACAGCUCAUUUAUCGCACAGCAGCCGCCGCAAGUGCUGCAGGUGGCGGUGUCACGAGCCCUCUUCACCAUGGCCAAGGACCGCUGCCUGGCCGGCCACGGGCCGGGCUCCAAGCGAUCCCACACUCUGGGAGGGCGGGGCAGCGUGCGCUGGCAUGUGGUGGCCACCCUGUGCACCAUGCUGGGUGGGCCUGUGACCACCAUGGAUGAGUGCCGCAUGUAUGGUGUGGACGGGAAGCAGGUGCUGACCAUGGCAGACAUGUUUGCUUACCUCAAGUUCCGCCAUACCGGCCACGUCAUCUCGGCGCAGCACAUGGUGCGGUGGGUGCAGAUGGUGGCAGCGGCUGUGAGCUCCGUCACACCCGUGCCAGACGUGGCAGCGGCGCGGCUCAACGCGCUCUUGCACUCCUUCAAUGACGCCGUUGUCUCCUCCGAUGCUGUCGGCUGCUCUCAAGGCGGAGCAUGGCUGCCAUGGCGGGCGGGAGUGACGCACAACACGACGGUCCAUGUGGGCGACAAGGUCACCUGGGUGUGGGAUGACGACCUCCCGCACUCCCUCAAGGGUACUCCUUUUGAAACGAGUGCCUUUGCGAUGCCUUGGCAUAAUCUUCCUACCUAUUUUGCUCCCACUCUACUCCUUGUUCCCCAACGCUCUCGUGCUGCACUGCCACCACGGCCAGUGGCGGGGAUGGGCGAGGGGGACGACCCGUUGUUUCUGGGCUUCGGAGGGCACCGCCUGGCCGUGUCGCGCCAGCUGGCAUGCACUCCCCUCAACGUCGGCAAUGGGGACGCCUUUGAUGAGCCCAUGCCUUGCGUGCUCCAGAUAGACGAUGGGUCCGCUGGCUCCUUCGCCUACAGCAAGGUGUUUGAGGAGCCAAUCACCAUUCAUUAUGAGGACGGCACUCUCUCACUCGACGACUCCUCUUCCACGUCUGCUGCGUCUCUUCUCACUGUGCUGCCUGCGCGAGCAGGAGCUGAGGUUGCUGGUGUUGCGAAUGCCACUGACACAAGCACUCUCUCUGGCACUGCACACGUCACCUCCACCAACAGCACCAACACCACCACACCCUCCGCCUCCUCCUCCUCAGCACCCUAUGAAUGCUCGCCGGGGUGUCGGCUGCAGCGGCUGGCGAACGGGGUGUGCGAUGCGGCGUGCAACACGCCCGCGUGCGCCUUUGACGGUGGCGACUGCGCGUGUGUCGACCCGCUCUUUGGCCCCGGCAUCUGCCCCUGCCCCCCCAGCCACACCCGCCGCGACGACGGCUCCUGUUGUCUAUCGACGGCGGUGGGAACGGAUCUCAACUUCCCCUUCUCACUGCAGCGCUACGGCCCCAACUACACUGAGAGCAACUAUGUCUUUGCCGCUGAGAGGAGCAUUGCUGCCACACGCUACGUGUCCCGCCGCAACCGUCUGCUGAUCGGCAUGGUGCUACAGCAGGACCGGGUGGGCACGCACCAGUGCAGCGGGCCGGGCAACGGCACAUCCAGGGAUCCCUUUGGUGUCAACCCGCACUUCCUGCCCACAUCGGCCAUCUACGACAGCGCUGCCAGCGAAAACUUGAGCCAGCUCGACAACAACACCUUCGGCUUUAAGCUCAAGUUCAACCCUCAGGGCCUCCCCUACGGCUUCAUCUACCCCAUGGAGUCGCUGACCACCUACCCGUUGGUGUUUGACAUUAAUCUCGAUAACGACGCGGCCACAAGGCGUCUGCAGUACUUGGUGGAUGGCAGCUACAUUGACAACGGCACGCGCAGCAUCGAUGUCAGCUUCAUCACCUUCAGCGGCGAGACGCUCACGUUCGUGCUGACCACAAUCACCUGCACGCUGGACGCGGGCGGCAGCAUGGCAGUGAGCUUCAAGUCGCAGCCGGCAGCCAUGGCGAUGUACGAUGCAUCGGCGGACAACAUCGCACGGCUGGUGCUGGAGGUGAUCUACCUGGUGGGGCUGCUCUGGAAUGUGGCUGGCGAGCUGCAGGAGAUGGCCGACCGUUCUGCAAAGGAUGGAUCAGUGCUCAGCUAUUUUGGUUGUUUCUGGAAUUGGAUCGACAUGCUCUCCAUCGCGCUGCAAGUGACUGCGGUUGUUAUCUGGGUGGUGUUGUGGCGGUACGUGGAGGCAUUUGACAUGCAGCCACGGUACGACAUUUACUACACGCUGCUCGAGAUGCCACGCUACUGGGCCGUGCCCAACCCGCCCACUGGAUUCAUCAGUGCCACUCAGGCCUUCGCUGAUCUGCGCAAUAUCAUCAACCUCCGCGCCGUCUACUUCGCCCUCCAGGGCAUCAAUGUAUUCUUUAUGAUGAUUCGCCUGCUCAAGGUGAUGGACUUCCAGCCGUACCUCGGGGUCAUCACUCGCUCGCUCGCCCUCGCCACGCCCUCACUGCUGCACUUCUUCCUGCUCUCCUUUACCAUUUUCUUCUGCUUCAGCAUGUACGCCUACCUCGUCUUCGGAGGCGCACUCGAGCUGUUCUCCACAGUAUCUGAGUCCAUGUUCUCCCUCUUCCUCCUGCUCAUCAACGACAAUGGCUCCGCCUACUUCUUGCAGCGCCUCGAGUCAUGGAACCUCAUAGCAGCCAUGCUCUUCUUUCUCAUGUUCAUUGUCUUCAUGGUCUUCAUCCUCCUCAACUUCCUCAUCGCCAUCAUCGUCGAUGCCUUCAUGGAUGUCAAAGACAGCGACGCCGUCGCCACCUCCAUAGCCGCUGACCUCGCUCACAUCAUCAAGUACAAGUGGAACUGCUGGCGCGGCCGCUACCUGCCGUACCCUGUCAUUCUCGAUCGCCUUGUGGACUUGGGCGCCAAGGACACCCGCAUAAAAGAUGAGAACUCUCGGAUGCGCCGCUUCAAGGACAUCCAACGGCGGGUAGCCUCCAUGUUCUCGGGCAAGCGAGGCAGCGCCGACAAGCCGGCGCCCUUGGCCCGGUCAGGCAACCACCCCGCGUUCCCGCUCGCAGCCAGCGACUCUCGGGUGCGGCGGCAGCACGUGCUGACAGUGAGGGAAAAGCGCAUCGACGUUAUCUCUUUCUCCAUGAUCCUGCAGCGUCGCCAGGACAGGGCGGCCAAGAAAUCCCGCCAAUCUGCUGCUGCCAUGUCAUCAAGCAUGCCUCGUUUCUCCCAGUCCCGGUGUGAGAGUGGCACGCUGUUGGGGGCUGCCCCCACCUGGACCGCGGACGAGGAGCAGCUGGAGCAGCUGUCGCAGGCGGUGGUGCUGCAGAGCGGCGAGGUGGUGAAGCAGGCCGCCCUGCCCGUCAAGAAGCCUGCGCAGAAAAUCAGCCUCAAUCAGGUGCAGGAGAAGGUGCUCCAAGUGCAGGAGGAGGUGCUACGCAGCCAUGAGACUGCGGAGGAGCUGAGGGCCAUGAUAUCGGACAUGCAGAGCGACAUGCGCGCCAUGAUGGCCCUGCUCGACCGCACCCUCCCCUCGCUGCGCGCUCAGGCUCCGCUCCCCACUCCCCCCUCGGGAUCACCCCUGCCGGGGCCGGGUGGGGAGGCGGGUGGGAUGGGCAUGGGGGAAGGAGCAGCGGCGGAUGUGGGUGUGCAAAGCGGUUCUGGCCGGUCAAGUGAGAGAGUGGGCUGCUUCCCAACGCCUUCACCGAGACGAGCGUCGCGGCGGGUUGUGUUUCAAGAUGAGGCAGAAGAGGGCGGUGAGGGUGGUGCGAGCGCGGAGGAGUCAUGGCAACAGCCGUUGAUCGGAAACCAAGGAGACCAAGAUUCCGAAUCACCGAGAAGAGCUGAAAUGAUUGACUGUUUCCCCUGUUACACCGUAAGGCCCACCCUCAACUUUCCUAGCUGA